UUAACAACUCAAAACCAGCGUACUUAUUAACCAAAAUAGAUUGAAAACCAAAUACUGAAGAAACCAAACCAAAUAGAAAAAUAUAAAACAGUAUAAAGGAGGAAACAUAAUAGAAAAAUGAUGGGGGAGAGCAGAAAAGGCAAACAGAAAAUUGCAGACAGAGCGUGUAGCAAGAGCCAGGCUUUUAUUCCAUUCCUUAAUUAACCCAUAUGCAUCUUUACAAUACCUGCCAUGUAUUUAUAUUCACCUAUGAAACAAUGAAUCUGCUACUUCUACUCUUUAUUGGGCGUUCUUGUUUUCGAGAUCUAGUAUCGAUAAUCGUUCUGGGAUUUCUUGGUCCCUGAGAAAAUCUCCGGCCCGGAAGUGUUUUUAACUGUCCGGUGGAAUUUCACCCCCUACCCACCUCGCAAAGUUUCUUCCUUUUCUGUUUUCCAUUAUCUAAUUUCACAAUUUUUUUUUUUUGGGAAGAAAUUUAGUGUCUUUGAAAAACCCACAUGCAACAGUCUCUAGAACCCCGGGAAUCUGGAGUGUCCUUCCAAACUAUCAAUUAAACCGCUUCUACAUGACCCAAGAAUCAGUUUCAAAAUUGUCAUGGUUGGAUUGACUGACCUAGUUUGUUCAAUUGGACUCCAGCAGACCGGUUUGUUCAGUUUGAAUCCAGAAGACACGAUUGUGUUAAGUGUUUAAGUUCACUCUUUACCAUCCAUUUGGCACAAACCCUUUUGUUUUCAUCUCCUGGGUUUUGCUAUAAAACCCACCUCAAGUUUCUUCAGUUCCUCACAUUCACUCAAAGCACUCUGUUUUCAUUGCUCUGUUUUCUGUACUCUGCUCUUGCUCUGCUUCUAAGAACUUUCCUUUCCUUGUUUUACCAAAAUGGCCAAAUUUCUGAGCAUUUUCACAAUGAGGAACUUGCUUGUGCUGUCUCUGGCGCUCAAUCUAAGCUUGAUUAUGAGGGUUUUUUUCGAUGGUGAGAAACAGGGCUUCUUCUUCUCCGUGGAGCAGAGAGGUCGAUCAAUGGCCGAAGACAAGGAAGCUCACGCAACCCAGAGGACGCUUCAGUCAGUUUCUUCUUCGUCUGGCCAAGAAGGCAUGGAAAAAGUCAUUAACCUGGACCACGGUGACCCGACUAUGUAUGAAAAAUACUGGAUGAUGAUGGGUGAGAGAACCACAGUUGUGAUUCCUGGGUGGCACUCCAUGAGCUAUUUCUCAGAUGUUAAAAACCUCUGCUGGUUUUUGGAGCCCGAGUUUGCCAAGCAGGUUUUCAGAUUACACAGAGCUGUGGGCAAUGCCGUCACUGAAGGCUGUCACAUUGUGGUUGGGACAGGUUCAUCUCAGCUCAUUUUAGCUGCGCUUUUCGCUCUUUCUCCGAAAGAUGGAUCUGAGCCCAUGAGUGUGGUAUCUACAGCCCCAUACUACUCGUCUUACCCUGUAAUGAGUAACCACCUCAAGUCGGGCCUGUACGUCUGGGCUGGAGAUGCCCGAAGCUUCAACAAAGAAGGCCCAUACAUUGAGUUGGUCACCUCUCCAAACAACCCUGAUGGUUUUGUCAGGCACUCUAUGGUGAAUCGAACUGGAGGCAUAUUGGUGCAUGAUUUGGCUUACUACUGGCCACAAUAUACCCCCAUUUCCUCACCUGCAGAUCAUGAUCUGACAUUGUUCACCGUCUCAAAAGCCACUGGUCAUGCCGGGACGCGCAUUGGGUGGGCUCUAGUGAAAGAUGCAGAAGUGGCCAAGAAAAUGGUCAAGUUCAUAGAGCUCAACACCAUUGGCGUCUCCAGGGAUUCACAGCUUCGAGCUGCCAAGAUCUUGGAAGUCAUGACCAACACCACCGAAAUUGGCAGCUCGGAUUCAGGGGAAUCCUUCUUUGAGAUAAGCUACCACCUCAUGGCAGAGAGGUGGCGGCUGCUUCAAGCGGCGGUGAACAAUAGCAGUAUGUUUAGUCUGCCUGACUUUGCACCAGGGUUCUGCCACUUCCUUCAACAGCAGACGCAGCCUCAACCUGCUUUCGCAUGGCUCAAAUGUGAAGAUGAUGCCGUGGAGGAUUGCGAAAGCUUCCUGAAAGGGCACAAGAUUUUGACGCGAGGAGGAAGAAGUUUUGGGGUUAGCCCAAAGUAUGUCCGCAUAAGCAUGCUGGAUAGGGACAUUAACUUCAGUUUGUUUCUGAAGAGAUUAUCCAUAAUCCAGUCAUGACAUCAUGACUGCGGGCUGCUUUUCUUCCUCAAUCUUGUGCCCAAUAUGGAAGAGUUUGCGCUGGUGUGAGAGGACACUGAGGAAGGAGAAGGGGAUCAAUUGGUUUAUAUGUAGAAUAGUAAUAGUAGAAAGUGAUGCAAUUUGUAUCCAUCUAUUUGAACAUAUGGUUUUUCUGAAUGAAAUAGAGGGGUCCAAAUUCAACCA